ACAUGUAUGGAGCGUCUCUUAAAUACUGUAACUUACAUUUUCUCAUGCUUGCCCUAUUUUUGCUUUUCACACCUGUACUGUUUCAGCUCGGUUGUGAUAAGGACGAUAUGUAAAAGCGCAAGAUGUGGUUCAACUGUGACCCUCCCAAUCCAACUCGAAUCUUGUAUCAGAACGAUGUGGCUGUCACAUGGCAGGGCGUCACACCUGUGUAUGGAGGCCUCGUGAACCUUAACAACUCCUGCUUCUUAAAUGCCUCUGUACAAGCUCUGAUGCACCUCCCAGGCUUUGUCAAGUUUCUGGCGGAAGACAUAGCUCAUCGGAAGGGCUGCUUCACUCUUCUGAACUGUGUGGUGUGUGCUCUGAACCGCACCCACCUGAACAUGAGUCUUCAUGCUGCCUUUCGACCCAUAGGCCUUCUCAAUCUCUUGCCUAAACUGAGUCCUCUGCUCAAAAGAGGAAGGCAAGAGGAUGCAGACGAAUUUAUUGUUGCUCUGUUAGAUAAAGUAACAGAAGAAUUAAUUCUAAGGGAAGGUGGCCCAGCCAAUGUGGAUUUCUGUUCGAGGCAAACAACAGCUGUGGGGCAAAUAUUUGGCUGGUGGUCAAGAACAGAAGGUAAAUGUGGAGACUGUUCUACCAGCACAUUAACAUAUGCCCCACAAACAAGUUUAUCUUUGCCUUUAGAUGACAGUGUGCAGUCAGCAAUCAAUGUGCGAUUGAAGGAAGUAGAAAUAGUUGAAGACUUCACAUGCAUUAGAAAGUGCCUCAAGCGUGUUGCCUUUCAGACUGUAGACUUCUACAGUUACCCCAAAGUACUUCGAAUUGUACUCAAUAGAUUUGACAAUGAUAGUUAUAAGAGAAGCCAACCUGUAUCUGUAGAAAAGUCUAUUGUCAUAGGAGAUGCAACAUAUUCCUUUGUGAGUUGUGUAUUACAUGAUGGGAAUACAGCUACUGAAGGCCAUUACACCUGCCUUGCUACUAGACAUGAUGGCAAACUUGUGUUCAUAAAUGAUGCUGAGAUCUCAGAGGCAAAGGGAUUAUUUGGACUUAAUUCCCCAAAAUGUAAACGUGAGGUGUAUGUACUGUUUUAUCAGUUUCAUCAUAUGAAGGUUCACUCCAUUAAACGAGCUCUUGCAAAAACUCCCUCUAAUGCCCUGAGCCCCCUCAGGAAGAAGAUUCAUUCUUCACCCAUGAAAAGGUCUCUUGAAAAAAGGGGUAAAAAACUAACUUUCUCUCCAAAGAAAUUCAAGAGAAAAGUGGGGUCUCUCAUGCAUAGCAUUUUGCCAUCUAAACCCAAGCUUUUCAAAGGAGAUGACAUCUUAGCCAAGCCACUUCCUGAGAAGAAGGAAUCUUGGAUAAUGAAGUUAGCAUGUAACCGGGGAAUGUCUGAUGAAGAGGUACGGAAUAUUCUGAAAUACGAUUUACCCCAUUUUGCUAAAAGUGACACAAGUGUCUUUCUCCCCAAUCAUAGGAAUUAG